AUGGGUCUAAUCACAGGACUCUAUACUUUCUUGUACCACUUACCUCAGAUUUACAAAUGGCUGCUGAAACCGUAUUAUAUCACCUCGUUCUUCAUGACCGUCGCCUUCCUGGUGGUCCGAAAGGCUCCCGGUCUGUGCGAUCACCUGGCGACCCAGCGGGAGGACGGCAACUCCUGCGACUUUGACUGGAGAGAAAUGGAAAUACUUAUGUUUCUCAGUGCAAUAGUGAUGAUGAAGAACAGGAGAGCGAUCACACUGGAGCAGCACAUAGGCAACUUGUUCCUGUUCAGUAAAGUGGCCAAUGUCAUCCUCUUCUUCAGGCUGGACAUUCGGCUCGGCAUCCUUUACCUCGCAUUGUGUGUCGCAUUCGUCAUGACCUGUAAGCCACCUCUCUACAUGGGCCCUGAGUACAUCAAGUACUUCAGUGACAAGACCAUAGAUGAGGAGCUGCAGAGAGACAGUCGUGUCACCUGGAUUGUUGAAUUCUACGCCAACUGGUCCUCGGACUGCCAGUCUUUCGCUCCCGUCUUUGCCGACCUUUCUCUCAAGUACAACUGUGAUGGACUCCGGUUUGGGAAGGUGGACAUCGGACGCUAUGGAGAGGUUUCAGAGAGGUACAAGGUUAGUACUUCUCCUCUGGCUAAGCAGCUGCCCUCACUAGUAAUUUUCCAAGGAGGGCGGGAAAUUAUGAGACGUCCGAUGGUGGACAAUAAAGGGAGAGCUGUAUCUUGGACCUUCAAUGAGGAGAACAUUAUCCGAGAGUUUAACCUCAACGAGCUCUUCCAAAAAUCCAAGAAGCUGAACAAAGGCCGAGCUUUGAAAGAAGAGGAGCAGAACGGCUCUCAGCCAGAGGAGGGCAGCGACGAGCCAGAGCAGCCCACAGAAAGCAAGAAAGACCAGUGAAGAGGACGAUUCAGAGCGGCUGCACGAAGUUAUUCCUCUAGUUAUUUCUCCAACAUUGCUAUACCUUAAAUUAUUGCAAAAAUGCAGAAUAUUAUGGAAUGGAGAAGAAAAUAGGUUCAACCAGUACUAGAUGUCAUCUCUACGCUAAGUCCUAACUGUGGCAAAAAAAAAAAAAAAGCUGGACCAUGGUUCCCUGGUCUGACUGGGUAUGAUUUAGUGUGGUUUCAAUGCAGCCUUGCAAAAGAUAAGCAAUGAUUUGGGGACAUUUUAUUACAGACCUUAAGUUAUUUGAGAACAAAUGCCUUUUUUGUAAUGAUUGCUUUUUUGGCUACAUUCAGCAACAUCUCAUCACUGCGUGUAAACAUUUCCUGCCUGUAUUUUGCAACUAGUAUGUUUACUGAAGUCUCAUAUUUCAAAACCAAAGUGAGAGGUGAAACUGAAAUUAAAAAAAGAUAGUGUGCACAGUUAA